CCCCGCACGCAGGUCCGCGGGGAGGGGCAACCUGCCCAAGGGCCCACCCCGGGGCGUUCCUGAAAGGCGCCCUCCACCGCCCCCACAACCCCCCAGAUGUACUAUGCAGUUUCCCAGGCGCGCGUGAACGCGGCCCCCGCGACCAUGCUGCGGCCACAGCGGCCGGGAGACGUGCAGCUCGGAGCGUCCCUGUACGAGCUGGUGGGCUACCGGCAGCAUCCCUCCUCCUCCACUUCCUCCUCCUCCACGACGGCCCCCCUCCUCCCCAAAGCGGCGCGCGAGAAGCCGGAGGCGCCCGGCGACCCGCCGGGCACGGGAGCGGGACCCGGUGCGCACGUGGGCAGUGGCUCCACAGAAGCCAAAGAAGAGCAGCAACAGCAGCUGCGACGCAAGAUCAACAGCCGCGAGCGGAAGCGCAUGCAGGACCUCAACCUGGCCAUGGACGCGCUGCGUGAGGUCAUCCUGCCCUACUCGGCAGCGCACUGCCAGGGCGCGCCGGGCCGCAAGCUCUCCAAGAUCGCCACGCUGCUGCUCGCCCGCAACUACAUCCUGCUCCUGGGCAGCUCGCUGCAGGAGCUGCGCCGCGCGCUGGGCGAGGGCGCCGGGCCCGCCGCGCCGCGCCUGUUGCUGGCCGGCCUGCCCCUGCUCGCCGCCGCGCCCGGCUCCGUGCUGCUGGCGCCCGGCGCCGUGGGGCCGCCCGACGCGCUGCGCCCAGCCAAGUACCUGUCGCUGGCGCUCGAGGAGCCUCCGUGCGGCCAGUUCUCGCUCCCCGGCGGCGGCGCGGGCGGCGGCCCGGGCGGCCCCGGCCUCUGCACCUGCGCUGUCUGUAAGUUCCCGCACCUGGUCCCCGCCGGCCUGGGCCUGGCCGCGGUUCAAGCACAGUUCUCCAAGUGAAGGCCGGCCCUUGGCCGUUGGCGCGACCUUCGCCCGGCCUCUCGCCACCCAGCUUCUCCGCGUCCCCGCGCCCUGCACCCCGGGAGAGUGGGGUCCAGCAAGGAGCGCAUUUCGAACCUUUUCGCCCAGAGGAAGAAACUAUCGGGCGCUCCCUUCCCUGCCCCUACCCCGGGGGAAUUAGAGUGACCUGAGCGGAUGUUCCACGGAGCCUCGACGUUGUUGGGGUUCUAGGUGGAUUCCAGUUGCUUUGGGCAGCAAGGGCGCGCUCU